AUGGAUAAAAUACAGUCUGAUUUUCAAAAAAUGUAUAAACUUAUAUUUUCCGAAUCGUUUUAGUCUACUGUCACUGCUAUUCAGAAUUAAUGCAUAUAGACAGAUAUAUAGAUAGAUAGACAGACAGAUAGAAAGUUGAGUCACGAACACAUUAUCAGUGACCACUUAAUUUUAGUGCAAGUUUACAUUUAUGAACAUUUUUUUUUUUUUUUGGUAAAUAAGAGAAUACUGUGCAAUGGGGUAUACAGAUGUUUUUAGCGAUUCAUCAUAAAUCAAAUCAACAUAGAGCGCCUUUCAUGGCAAGCCAUCUCAAAGCGCUUAACAAAGAAGACAAACAUUUAAGUACCAUAAAACAUUAAGCAUAAUAAAAAAAAAACAGUAAAAUAAAACAUAACGAGAGAUCUGAUUGAAAGUGUGAAAGACAUUAAAAAGUGAGUUUUUAAUCUCCUUUUAAAAAUUGUCAAAGUAUGUGCAUCUCUCGUCGAGCAAGGGAGAACGAUUAUAAUGUAUUCUCUAAUUAAUAUAAAACAUUAAAGAUAUACAAAAAAAAUUCAAACUAUCUACAAGAAAACCCAGCCAAACUCACCGUUUACCAGAAGGGAAAACAAUCACAGUGUGUGUCCACCUCUGAAAAUAUAUCAGUGGACCCAGAUGGAGUCUGAAUCUCAAUCCGAGUCUGAUAGCGGAACAGAGGAGAGGUGGUGCGAAGGGGAUAGAUGCCUUGCGCCAUACUCGGGUGAUGGGAAGCUCUAUGAAGCGAGAAUAAAAACGCUAAUCUUAGAAGAACAGGGUAAAGCUGUGGCAGUCGUGACGUUUGUUGGGUUUGAUGAAGAGACUGUGUCGGUUAAAAGGCUUCAGAGGAUCAAGUGCCCGCAGUCACACAAGAGAAGCUUUGUAUUUGACGAUGAAGAUCUGGAGAAACCAUUUUUCCAUGACAGGAAACCGCCAGGCCCUGCGGUGCCAUGUAUGUUAUCUGAACAUGGUGAAUGUAUUCCAUACACCAUCAACAGAUACUUACGAGACUAUCAGCGGGAAGGAGUGAGGUUUAUUUACAGUCACUAUGUUAAAGGCAGAGGCUGCAUUCUUGGAGAUGAUAUGGGACUUGGAAAAACAGUACAGGUUAUUUCCUUUCUGGCAGCUGUACUGCAUAAAAAAGGGACUCGAGAGGACAUUGAAAACAAUAUGCCAGAAUUCUUACGCAAGAAAAAAGAAUCUAGACCAAUUGAAGCCAAAAAGAUAUUUCUAAUUGUUGCGCCCCUGUCAGUCCUAUAUAACUGGAAAGAUGAGUUGGACACAUGGGGUUACUUCAGAGGUACCAUAUUGCAUGGCACUAAGAAAGAAGCUGAAUUUGCCCGCGUGAAGAGAGGAAAGUGUGAGUUUGCUCUGACGACCUAUGAGACUCUACGCCUUUGCCUCAGUGAUUUUAACAGCAUCAGGUGGUCUGCUGUCAUUGUUGAUGAAGCUCAUAAGAUAAAAAAUCCAAAUUCUCAGAUAACACAGGCUAUGAAAGCUCUAAAGUGCAACGUUCGAGUUGGAUUGACUGGAACCAUUCUUCAGAAUAAUAUGGAAGAACUGUGGUGCGUAAUGGACUGGGCUAUACCAGGAUGCUUGGGCAGCCUAAAUCUCUUUAAAGCUAAGUUUUCUGAUCCAGUAGAGCACGGCCAGAAGCACGAUGUGACUAAAAGAAACCUGGCAAUGGGGAGGAAGGCUAUCAGGAGGCUGGCAAGAAAACUGUCUCGUUGGUUCCUGAGGAGAACCAAGUCUCUUAUUAGUUGCCAGUUACCAAAGAAAGAUGACAGGGUAGUGUAUUGCUCAUUGACAGAGUUCCAGCAAGCCGUCUACAAGGCUGUUUUGGAGUCAGAGGAUGUCAACCUGUUGCUACGCAGCUGUGAGCCAUGCAGCUGUAAUAGUGGACUUAAGAGGAAAAGCUGUUGCUAUAAGAAAAACAAAAAUGGAGUUCCUAUGCGAGCUUUGUAUUUCAGUUAUCUAAUGAUUCUGAGAAAGGUGGCUAACCAUGCAGCCCUGCUGCAAUCAAACGGAAACACAAGCAAGGCGCAGGAGGUUUAUGUGAACCAGGUCUGCAUGCAAGUCUUCAACAGAUUUCCAGACUUUGUACAACAGAGCAAACAUGCUGCCUUUGAAACUAUUUCUGACCCCAAGUAUAGUGGCAAAAUGAAGGUUUUGCAUCGACUGCUAGAGCACUGUAGGGGGAACAAAGACAAAGUUCUUCUCUUCUCCCUGUCUACUAAGCUCCUGGAUGUGCUAGAGAAAUACUGCAUGGCGGAAGGCAUUGAAUACCGGAGACUAGAUGGCAAUACAAAAUCAAAAGAAAGGGUCAAGAUUGUGAAGGAGUUCAACAGCACACAGGAUAUUAACAUCUGUCUAGUGUCUACGAUGGCUGGUGGGUUAGGGUUGAAUUUUGUGGGAGCCAAUAUUGUUGUGCUGUUUGACCCUACAUGGAAUCCAGCCAACGAUCUUCAAGCAAUUGACAGGGCUUAUCGAAUUGGUCAGUGCAGAGAUGUGAAAGUCUUCAGAUUAAUAUCACUGGGCACUGUAGAAGAAAUUAUCUAUCUACGACAAGUGUACAAGCAGCAACUUCAGUGUGCAGUUGUUGGAAGUGAAAAUGCCAAACGCUACUUUGAGGCAGUGCAAGGUUCAGAAGAGCAUUCAGGGGAACUUUUUGGCAUUCAGAACCUUUUUCGUAUGCAGACUGAAGGGUCCUGUCUAACAAAAGAAAUCCUUGAGAGAGAUGGUCGGGUGGAAUCCGGCAUAAUGACAGCCGUCACGCGAAUGAGAGAGCAAACUCCAGUACGAGGGAUGGAAACAACAACAGGGCCUAAUGGUGAGCCAUCUAAAGAAAAUCCUGAAAUCACAGAAAAGAUGAGCAAAGCAUCCAGAAUACCAAAAGGGAUCUUGGAUUUCAGCAGUGACAGUGAGGAGGAUCAUGGAAACAAGUCAAAAUCAAGAUCUGACAAAAACAGGGACCGUGAAUCCAGUAGCACUUCUCCUGGCCAAGUCACUCUGCUUCACUGUGGAUUUUCUAAACUGCUUGAUGGCAAUAAGGAUCUGGGGGAAUGCAAUGAUAGCAGUGGCAGUUCUAACAUGGAAAGUUCUGAAAGCCAAAGCUCUUCAGAUGAAGAUAUGGAAGCCGCUCCAUCAGUUGAAUUGGGAAGAUCCAGUAAUUUUCUGCCAUCAGUGACUCAAACCUCGAGACAAGAGCAGCCUCAAAAACAAAAGCUUCGCAAGAAUUGUGCUCUUUCCAGCAAGUCUGAGGGAGACACAGAAUUAGGAAACAAACAAAAGAAUUGUGGCACUUCCAAGAAGACUCUUGUUGCCAAGGCGACCCAUUGUAGUUCAGAAGAGAAUGAUGAUGUCAUCCCUCCUUCUCAAGUGCUAGGUGCGAAAAGGAAAAUGCCUGCCAAGGGAGAAAGUUGCAGUGAAAUCUUCUUGGAAGAAACUGAGGACUCAGAAUAUGGAAAUGUCACAGGCCAGUCCUCUAAAUGGCACCAUUUGUUAGCUGGCAAACAAACAGAUCGUCAAACCACUGCAACCAGCUUCCAGAGUAAAACAGGAAAAGCAGUUUACAAGUCUAAAAUGUUUUGUAAGCUUAGAGACUAUGGAGAUGAGUCUGAUGAGUCUGAUGAUAUCGAGAUCCCAAAAAAUACAAAGUUGUACACCUCCAAAACAAAAAGGUUAAAGCAGUCAGUAGGUUCAACAAGUGUGACUCAUUCCAAAAAGCAUCAGAAACAUGUUCAUUUCAGAUUACAAGAUAAGAAAUCUGAUGAUGUAAGAGCAGACUCUCAGAGAAUUGAUAACUUCUCAUCUUCAGAAGAUGAUGUUCCUACCAAGAAAGUCCGCUUUAGUAAAAACUGCAGGAAAAGAAACUGGGUACCAGACAGGACGUCCAGCAAAAGUCAGUUUGCCAGUACUGAAAAUAACUCAAGUAAAGCAGUCAAGAAGUCAAGUGUUUCUGAACACAAAUCAUCCCUGAAUGGCAAACCUAAGAUUAACCAAGAUGAGAAGUUUGGAUCUAUGGACACGUAUUUAGAUGGGGUUCAGGAAGUUGCAUAUGCUCAUUCAAAUCAACGUAUUGUCGGCGCAAGCAAGGCUGAAAAUCGAAUGAGUCGCUCAGCCAUGCGGGAUGUGUUUGAACUGAAAAGGUUUUCCCAGAUCCCUGCCAAUCUAGCGGUGUGCAGUGGCGAGACUUUGUCAGAACAAACUGAUGUGGACCUUACCCCAACAAAGCCUACACAGGUGGACAGUGGAAACCCAAAGCCUCUUCAUCAAGCACAUCCUGUCACACAAACAGAGAGUAGAGUCCACAGGGUGGGGAGGACUACCUUCUUCAUUGGAGAGACUCCCAAAGCAAUCUGCAGGAAACAGCUGACAGAGAUAGCUGCUUUUUUCAGGAUGGCUUCAGUGGAGGAGCUGGCAGAGCUCGUUGUUAGAAGCACCCCUGAAUCUCGACAAACAAUGCUGAGAGAUUUUUACUGUAGCCAGCAUGCCGAACUGAAAGACAUUUUGACCAUUAAAUAUUCCAAACCAUUAACAGUGUUUGGGAAACAAAAGACUGGCAAGAACCCCAAUUGUGCUUCUUCUGAUGUUAAAAAUAUUUCAGACACAGAUUUAAAAAGUUUGAGAAAAGGUACAAGACCACGGAAAUUGACAUAUUGGGAAUCUGAGGAUUCAGACACCUCAGAAGAUUCAGGUAGUUAUUUAAAUAAAUGCAAAUCAAUCAGCAAAGCUGAAGUUUGUGUUUCCCAGAAUCCUCCUUUUGACAACCCCUCCAUCGAGUCAGGAAACUCUGCCAGUGAUAGUGUAAAACACAAACAAAAGCAGCGGCACAGUCUCUCAGUUACAGAACCAUGCAGGGAGAGGUCCAAGUCUGAACCAAACGAUGAUGCAGAAAAUGAGAACUCUCAGAAGGACGUCAUUACAGAGCUGCUCGGUGACACCUCUAUCCUUGAUGGUAUCUUUAACAUGAAGAACAGAAAUUCUGAGCCACGCAAGUCAUCUGUAUCGUGUCACGUAAAAAAAGCAAAAAGCAGGCCUAAAGAUGUCUGGGACAUCCUAAAUGAAGGAAAUGAGGAGUGCGUCAACAGGCUUACUGAUUUAUCUGUGGUGGAGGGGAUGUGUAACGGUGUAAAUCGUGUUGCUGCUAAAACGAGAAGAGAAGACCAGGCUCAGGGUUCUCACCUUUGGAAGAAGAAUGAAAAGUUCUUGUGGAAAAAGUAUGAAGACCAAGAGACCUUAACACCUGGCACAUCAUCAGUGGACUCUCAGAUAUAGAAGAUUGUAGAAGAUGUUUUUAAUUUAAUUUAUUAUUCCGUUAUUUUUGUUUUAGUUUAUUUUUUAGAAGUGAGAAGCAUUAACCAAAAGUCUUGCCCUUUAUCUGCUUUAAUACUUAAUGACUGAGAAUUAAAUGUACUCUUCUGAAAACCCUAUAUGUUAAUUGAGAUCUGUAUGUUUAAUACAUUGUAAAAAGUUGUUUGGAUCUUGAUUAUUUGCUUAACAAAUGAUUAACAAACGGGCACCAUGACAGAUUAAUCCAUUUUGAGAAUGUUUUCAUAGGUAUAGUUAUUCAAAAAUGUAAAAUGUAUACUUUUAUUACUGUGACAUAAAAUUAAGCUGACAGUUUUUUAUGUUUCAGCUGUACUAGGUAAUGCAACAGAUUUUUUUUUCAGACAGUUAAUAUAUUUUUGCUUUCAAAACAUUGACAUUACUAUACAAUGACCAGUCUGUCACUGUCAAGAAGAAAUAUGCUAUAUAACCUCCAUUUGUUGUGUUAGCCAGAGAGGAAAUUAUUUUGUUCUUGAAUAUAAUUUAUACAUUUUUAUAAGUUGUAUUGAUAUAACUAUCAAUGCUAUACACAUGCAAUGUAGUUCCUGGUGUAAUUUUUCUUGCUUAAAGCUCAGCAAGAAUAUAUUUCCAACAAACAUGCAGCCAUUUCGUACUUUGCCAAAUAUUAAUGAAUGCAAACUACUGUACAUUUCUUGAUUUAAUUGGAGAUCUUUUAAAAUGAAUGAGUUAUUGAUGUAUUUAAAAACAAGUUGGUCUGAAUAGUGUAUACUAUAGAAGAUGAUUUAAUAGAAAAAUGAAUACUGACUUUGCCAACCUAAAUUCAUUUAGGAAUUAUUUUCUACGAAACCAACAAAUGAGGUUCAGUAGAAGUACAUUUUGUAAUACCAGGAAAUAAAGUCUACAUUUAACCCUGGUUGCCUUUUAAUUUAUUCUGUAAAGGAAAGUGGCUUUUAGGAUGUAAUGGGGGAUCAAAUGAUAUUUACAUUUGUACCUCAAAUACUUUCCCUAAUUAAUAGAAAAUUAGAUGUAAUUACAUUUGUUUUAAGAGUUAAUACGUGUGACCAAAGGUACAAACAGCAGAGUCUGACGGAUUUGUUUAAGAAGAAAGCACAGCAGGAGGUAAAGUAUUAAAUAUUAAAAGUAUUAAUUUCAUGUUGUUUCGGUGCAUUCCAGGUCCUGGUUCAAUUUAAGUUCAUAUAAACAGUACAUCACAUGCUGGUUUACCUUGUAAGUGUGUAAAAUGAAUUGUAUGUAUUGCUGCACAACCAUAAAUAUGUUGUGUUAUUCUGAAA